AUGGCGGCGACGCCUGAAUCCCUAGGCUACUCCUCGGAAGAGGAUCCACUGGAUUCCCCGGACACCAUCCCUGAAGCAGAUGACCCAUUCUCGGCCAUACAAGUAGGUGACCUCGGGGCCCCAGCAACUAAAGGAGACAUCCUGGGCCUCCUGAAAAACCUGCGCACCUGGUUCCGUACGGAUAUAGCACUGCUUCGCGAGGAGGUCACGGCCGUAACAGACAGGGUGAAGGCCACAGAGGAGGAUAUCUCCUCCAUAGCACAGCGAUAA